UCCUGUAAUAUUUUAUCAAAUGAUAGAGCUUGAAAUUUGUACUAUUAAAGCGAUGAGACCGCCAAACACAGCCUACUCUCCUAAUAAUUGAAGGCAUAAAGUGAUAAAACCCGAAACAAGAUAAUUAGAUACCCACAUCCAAACGCCGACGUUAUCUACUGUUCCUAAUAGGGAUAAACUAAGCAGUAUAUCCAAAAACCGCCGAAAUCACUGAUGAGCUCAUUUCGUCCGGCCACUUGAAAAUCUCUUCGGGCUCAAGGAGCGUUUUAUGUUUUUAUUUAUUUUAUUUUAUUUUCUAAUUUUCAAUUGAUUUUGUCUUUUUUUUUUAAUAUAUUUUUGUCGAUCCUUUAGCCGCGCUUUCCUAAUCAUGGCCAUGUAGAUUCCCUUAACUGUUGUUUCACGUCCCAUGUUCGAUUCCCUCAAACCCCACAACGGCCCCUCUCUCACUCUGUAUCUCUAAAACCAGCAAAAUGAAAAAAAAAAGGUUUUCUAUUUCAGUCUUCUUUGCUUCUCUGUUCAUGUUCUUCUUCUAGCUUUCUCUCUGACUUGACUUCCGGAAUGAUAUCUCAAGAACAGUUAUCCGCCAUUAAGGGGGCGAAAGUGCUUAUGGUAGGGGCAGGAGGGAUUGGUUGUGAGCUUCUCAAGACGCUUGCUCUUUCUGGGUUUCAAGAUAUUCAUGUGAUUGACAUGGACACUAUAGAAGUCAGCAACCUGAAUAGACAAUUUUUGUUUCGACAAUCCCAUGUUGGGCAGUCUAAGGCUAAGGUUGCUCGAGAUGCAGUCUUAAGAUUCAGGCCCAACAUCAGCAUUACACCAUACCAUGCAAAUGUUAAGGAGUCUCACUUCAAUGUGAAUUUCUUUAAAGAGUUUGAUGUUGUUCUAAAUGGGCUAGAUAACUUAGAUGCAAGGCGCCAUGUAAACCGUCUUUGCUUGGCAGCUGAUGUCCCAUUGGUUGAAAGUGGGACCACUGGGUUCCUGGGACAGGUGACUGUACAUUUGAUGGGAAAAACAGAGUGUUAUGAAUGUCAGCCAAAACCUGCCCCAAAGACUUAUCCUGUCUGUACAAUUACAAGCACUCCGUCAAAGUUUGUUCAUUGUAUUGUGUGGGCAAAGGACCUGCUUUUUGCAAAGUUAUUUGGGGACAAGAAUCAGGAAAAUGAUUUGAAUGUUCGUUCUAGUGAUGCUGCAAACUCUUCAGAACAUUCAGAAGAUGCAUUUGAAUGUAGACAAGAUGAAGAUAUCGAGCAAUAUGGAAGAAGAAUAUAUGAUCAUGUAUUUGGUCAUAACAUAGAAGUGGCUCUAUCUAAUGAAGAAACGUGGAAAAACCGUAACAAACCAAAGCCUAUAUAUAGUAAUGAUGUCCUGCCCAAGAAACUAACUAACGAGAAUGGGAACAUGGAAAAAGGUUGUGCCACUGAUGAUGUCUCUGCUAUGUCAUCUCUGGGCUUGAAGAAUCCUCAGGAUGUUUGGAGCCUCGCAGAAAAUUCAAGAGUGUUCCUCGAGGCUUUGAGAUUAUUUUUCUUGAAGAGAGAAAAGGAGAUAGGGAAUCUGAGUUUUGAUAAAGAUGAUCAAUUGGCGGUGGAAUUUGUUACUGCUGCUGCAAAUAUUCGGGCUUCUUCUUUUGAGAUUCCUUUACAUAGUCUUUUUGAAGCCAAAGGUAUUGCUGGUAAUAUCGUGCAUGCUGUUGCAACAACAAAUGCUAUCAUAGCUGGGUUGAUUGUGAUUGAAGCAAUUAAGGUUUUAAAAAAGGAUAGCAACGAUUACAGGAUGACAUAUUGUCUAGAACAUCCUUCAAAAAAGAUGCUUCUAAUGCCUGUGGAACCCUAUGAACCUAACAAGUCUUGCUAUGUUUGUUCACAGACACCACUAUUGCUUGAGGUUAAUACCCAUCGUUCUAAGUUGUGGGAUUUUGUUGAAAAGAUUGUUAAAGCCAAACUUGGCAUGAACUUUCCACUAAUUAUGCAAGGGGCAAGUAUUCUUUAUGAAGUUGGUGAAGAUCUUGAAGAGGAUAUGGUAGCAAUUUAUGCUGCAAACCUUCAGAAAACCUUAUCUGAGCUGCCUUCUCAAGUAACUAGCGGGACUGUGCUUACUAUAGAGGAUCUUCAACAGGAGUUCUCAUGCAAUAUCAAUAUCAAGCAUAGGGAAGAAUUUGACGAGGAGAAGGAACCUGAUGGAAUGCUUCUCUCUGGAUGGGUUGAAGCUCCUGUGGAUAAGGACAAUAGUAAGGCUGUUGGAAACGGUGAAAGUACAUCCAAUGCUUUGCCAGCGGAGGAGAUUCUGGAGGGUGAGAAAGAUGUUGAAAUUCAAGAAAUUUCAGUGGGGACCGAAAAUGCUACUGGGAGGAAAAGAAAACUGUUUGAGGUUUCCAAAGGCACCACUCCAGAUCAUUCAGGCCUUUCUGAUGAAAGAAAAAAUCACAAUCAAAUCGAAAAGCUUGACGUUGACGAUGAGGAUGAUGAACUCAUCAUAUCUGAUGAUUGGGAAUCACUCACUAAGAAGAAAAGGUUGUAAUAGGUUGUGGACAGCAUCUCACCUCUGACUUUGUAUCUUUAGGUUAAAUGGUGAUUCUUUUAGAGGCCAGGCAAUAAUUGUUGUGUUAGGACAGAGUAGUAUUUUGCCUGAGCCUUGAUUAGAACAUUCCCUUUAUGUGGCUUAAAAGAGUAGCAACAAGAAAAGUAAUCUUAAUUAUUACCAUCACACAGUUUUUGUAAUCAAAUCUGCAAUUCUUACAUUCUGCUGAUAUAAUGCAAAUCAUAAUAGCAGCGACUUUUGAUUAAUAGAUUUACACCAAUGCAGGGUGAAGCACAAUGAGUGCAACUGAAUACUUUUCGACAUGGAUAAGGUGUAUCAUGCUGCAUCUCCUUCAUCUUCGAAUAUUUCUUCUCCUUUUCUCAGCAUCGGGAUGUUUCUUGAGAUCCUCGACGCAAUGAACAUCUGCAAUGCACGCGAAUGAUCUAGCUUUUCCUGAGUAAUAGCUUGACAACCCUCUCCUGCUGGAGGACAAACAGUAUCCAUUAUGUUGAAUGAAUCAUCAAACAAAAAGAUAAAAGAACAUGGUUAGCCACGAAUGAAUCAAACCCUUACUUUUGGGGAAGGUUGCUCCUCAAGGCUCCCAUGUCAAAAGCCCUCAUUUCACUUUGAUUCUCCAUUAUCGAAUAUGAAAAAAGAGAAUAAUUGCUGGGGAUUCAUAUGGAAGUUUCUGUAUGGGAAAUAGUUAUGGAGGGAUGUUAUAAGAGCUCACACACACACACGUCACGGGGUAGAAAUUUUUAGGUUUCUCUACAAAUAUGGAUUGCUUUGCAUUUAAACUCCCUCUUGUUCAUUCAAAAGGUUAAAGGCAUCUCUCACCUUCCACCCAUUCUUUUAUACUGCCUAUUAGCUUUCGCUAAUUUAAUGGUG